AAACUUUUAUUCAAGAUUAUAGCUACGUUUUAUCUUAUUUCCGUGUUGUCAAAAAGGGGGAGGAUGCGACGCACAUAGUUCUCCUAUAAACAAAAUGAAGUUUACAAUCGUUUUGGUUGGCGUCAUGGGUGUUUUUUACAUAUCAUUUUGUUCUGCAGUGACCCCUGUAAGGUUAGUUGAUGGUCCGCAUCGUUACGCCGGGAGACUAGAGGUUUACUAUAAAGGUGAAUGGGGAAGUGUAUGCGAAUCAUACUUUGACCAAGAUGACGCAGACGUCGUUUGUGGCAUGAUUCGGAACACAACAAUUGGACUGAUCAACGCUACAAUACAUGGAAAUAAUUACUACGGACAAAGCCAAGGACCUGUUAUUAUAACAGACCUUCAAUGUAACGGUACAGAAGAUGAAAUCUUUUUCUGCAAGUCUGAUAAAUGGAAAAGUGGCCACUAUUGUAAUUAUUAUUAUCAAAAUGUCGGUGUAGACUGCAACACACAAGUAAAGCUAUAUAAUGGCGGUUAUGGAAUGGGAGGGGUUGAAAUAUUAUAUAACGGCAGGUGGGCAACUAUUUGUACUACCAACUUUGAUACUAAUGCAGCAGGCGUCAUCUGUAGAACAAUGGGAUUAAGUUCAAGAAACACUUCAUAUGACUCAUAUUACGGAUCAAGUCGCCCCGGCUAUAUAGUUACCUGCGGGGGAGAAGAAGAAGAUCUCAGUCAGUGUUACAUAUAUGAAAGUUACUGCAGUUCAUAUUAUCACGUCCAGGUGGAAUGCGGUGAUACAGACAUUCGGUUUAUCAAUGGACCGAAUUCAAAGCAUGGUCAACUUCAAGUGGAGUAUCAGGGAAGAUGGACGGAUAUUUGCUACGACGGGUUCGGUCCAAAUGAAGCUCGUGUUGCCUGUAAAAUGAUUAAUGGUACAGAUGUAGCUGGUACUAUAACACGAAGGUAUCAUAGCGGAUAUUCCUACAAUGUUAGGGAUUUAUCAUGCACAGGGAAGGAGGAUGAUCUAUCACAAUGUUUGUCUGGAAGAUGGGGAACAUAUUCCAGAUGUCCGUCUUUAUAUAUCGUCGACCUAGACUGCAAUACAGUACGACUGAUGGACGCAGGCAACAGUAUUAAUCAAGCUGGGCGUCUAGAGAUAUACUCUAAUGAAACAGGUUGGCAAACUGUUUGUGCCGACCAUUUCUAUUCAAGAACUGCUAGGACUGUUUGCAGAAUGCUGGGGUAUAAUAGGUACUUUACAUAUGUGCACAACCAGUAUCCAAGGGGUCAUGGUAAUAUGACGUUACAAUGGUUUUCUUGCCAGGGAUACGAGAGUGAUAUCUGGGAAUGUCCUUCAUUCAGCACCUAUUCAUACUGCAGUUCUGGGCUUGAAGCAGGAGUUGACUGUUCAUACAGCGGAUACUAUACAAAUUCAUAUUUGCUCUCGACUGUACAAACAGAAUCCAGUAUUAGAUUGGUGAAUGGAAAUGGUCAUUCAGGACGCGUAGAGGUCAAUUAUAAAGGUCAAUGGGGGACGAUCUGUGACUCGAGUUUCGACCACGAUGAUGUACAGGUCAUUUGUCGAAGUCUUGGCCUCUACCAAGGAAGCAGCUAUGGCGUUGCAUAUUAUGGGGCACAUUUCGGUGAAGGAGAAGGAAAUGUGGUUAUUGAAGAUCUACAAUGUAAUGGAUAUGAAAAUCAUAUUUCUAAGUGUGCGUCUAAAACCUGGCUUUCAAACGGAUGUGACCACAGCAGAGAUGUAGGUGUCGAUUGUUACGCUUAUAGAUAUGAUCUGUAUACCACUAAAAGUUAUAACGUUAUGGCGAGCAGCGGCAAUUACGAGGGUGCAAUACGUCUUGUAAACGGAUUCAGCAGAUAUUCCGGACGUGUGGAGGUUUUUUAUAAUGGACGAUGGGGCACUAUCUGCGACGACAGUUUUGAUAGUCGUGACGCCAGGGUUGUUUGCCGUGUUCUUGGCAUGAAUUAUGGAUACAACACCGUAUAUGAUUCGGCACGUUUUCGGUGCUGGAAGUGGGCCUAUAACAAUUGAUGAUCUCGAUUGUAACGGCGAUGAAUGGGGUUUUGUCACAGUGUAACUCCCAACCAUGGUACUCCCAUGAUUGUUCACAUAGUGAAGAUGUCGGUGUGUCAAUUGCUAUGGCUAUUAUACAACAAAUCUACCCUGGUGGUACCACCAAACAACGGAAAGAACAAUAAUGCGGUCACCGACUAUGGACGAGAUAAUUCACGUUGAUUGUGACGAGAAUGGCUGGAAUAUCAGAGUGGACAUGUACCGUCUCCGUGAGUUGUAUCCCAAUGCCAGGGCGUCAGAUAUUUACCUUGGAGAGAACUCGUGUACUGGCAGUCAAAGCUGGAGUAGUGUAACAUUCAGGCAGGGUCUCCGGGAAUGUCUUACAUCUGAAACAAUAAGAGGUAACGUUUUGGUAUACAGUAAUGAGUUGGUGUAUGCUGAAAGGGAUCCUAACUAUCAGUUUAUUAUACGGCACUAUAACUGGACAGUUGGUAUAGAAUGUGAUGUUGAUAGGAAUGAAAGCUCGUCAGCUCACAUACACCAUGAUAACAACCAUUUAGCGUUACCCUGA